GAACUGCUUCCGCCGCCACCCGGAAGCGGCCCGUCCAUGGAGGCGCCCAGGCCGAGGGCGUCGCGGAGCCGCCGCCGCUCCCGGGGAUGAGGUGCUGUCCCCUGACCUGAUGGCGUCGGGCGCGGCGAGUCGCUCCGAGGACGAGGAGUCGCUGGCGGGGCAGAAGCGGGGCUUGGCCCAGGCCUCGGGCGCCAUCCCGAAGCGCCGCAGCUCCUCACGGUUCAUCAAGCGGAAGAAGUUCGACGAUGAGCUGGUAGAGAGCAGCCUGGCCAAGUCCUCCAGCCGGGCCAAGGGCGCCGGCGGCGUGGAGCCGGGGCGCUGCUCGGGCAGCGAGCCCUCUUCCAGCGAGAAGAAGAAGGUUUCCAAGUCCGUGUCCACCCCAGUUGCGCCCAGCCCCGUCCCGACCCCUGGCCUUGCCAAGCGGAUGAAAAAGAGCAAGCAGCCCCUGCAGGUGACGAAGGACCUGGGCCGCUGGAAACCUGCCGAUGACCUUCUGCUCAUCAACGCUGUGCUGCAGGUAAUGGCCCCGGCUCUCCCUGGGGUCCUGGCGGGGGGGGUCUGCAGCCCCCGGCGGAGCCGUGCCCUCACCUGGGGGCUUUCCCAGACCAACGACCUCACCUCGGUGCACUUGGGCGUGAAGUUCAGCUGCCGCUUCAACCUGCGGGAGAUCCAGGAGCGCUGGUACGCGCUGCUCUACGACCCCAUCAUCUCCAAGCUGGCUUGCCAGGCCAUGCGGCAGCUGCACCCCGAGGCCAUCGCCGCCAUCCAGAGCAAGGUGCUCUUCAGCAAAGCCGAGGAGCAGCUGCUGAACAAGGUGGGAUCGAGCAGCCAGCCUACGCUCGACACCUUCCAGGAGCUCCUCCACAAGCACCCCGACGUCUUCUACCCCUCACGGACGGCCAAGGCCCUGCAGCUGCACUGGCAGCUCAUGAAGCAGUACUACCUGCUGGACGACCAGACCGUACAGCCGCUGCCCAAGGGGGACCAAGUGCUCAACUUCUCAGACGCUGAGGACAUGCUGGAUGACAGCAAGCUGAAGGAUGUACGGGAUGAGGUGCUGGAGCACGAGCUGACCGUGGCCGACCGGCGCCAGAAGCGGGAGAUCCGGCAGCUGGAGCAGGAGCUGCACAAGUGGCAGGUGCUGGUUGACAGCAUCACGGGCAUGAGCUCCCCAGACUUCGACAGCCAGACGCUGGCCGUGCUGCGGGGCCGGAUGGUGCGGUACCUCAUGCGCUCCCGGGAGAUCACGCUGGGCAGAGCCACCAAGGACAACCAGAUCGACGUGGACCUAGCGCUGGAGGGCCCAGCCUGGAAGAUCUCCCGCAAGCAAGGUGUCAUCAAACUGAAGAACAACGGGGAUUUCUUCAUCGCCAAUGAGGGCCGGCGCCCCAUCUACAUCGACGGGCGGCCCGUGCUUGGCGGCAACAAGUGGAAGCUCAACAACAACUCGGUGGUGGAGAUCGCCAGCCUCCGCUUCGUCUUCCUCAUCAACCAGGACCUGAUCGCGCUCAUCAAGGCGGAGGCGGCCAAGCUGGCCCAGCAGUGACAAGGGGUGGGGGCUGCUCUGUGUGGCCCCGCCCCCAGCCCCACAUAGGGUGAUGGGGAAGUCCCCCCGGACUCUCCCGUGGGGUUGGAGGCUGCUGGAAAUAAAGUGUUUUACUCCAACCCUGA